CCGUGUCGUCUGCUACUGGUCGGAUAGCUAUCAAAAAAUUUUUUUUAUCUCCAUUUGUUUUUGUGUCAAAUCCUCUUUACAAUUUACAAAAUAACUUUAUACUUGAAUGAAAUGUAGUUUUUUUAAUACUCUAAACAAAUUAUUAUUACUUUAAGACUGUAAUAAAAGAUUUAAUUUGUAUUUCUAAGUUAGAAUAAAACAAACAUAAUGCUUUUUGAGGUUAACUUCUAUUUAUCUUAUUUUUCGAAUAGAUCAAAUAUAAUGAUAAAUGACAUAAUUAAAUACUUCCAAAUAAUUCUUCUUGAUGAACAUCGCACAAUUUAAUUUUCGGAAAUAAUGACAAAUUACAUAAAUAAGUGUUUUCGAUUAUUUCAUUUAAAAAUGUCAAGAAUAAAAUGGUUUUUAAAACGAGCCUCUUGCUACAAGUGGUUUAAUAUCAAAGAAAAAUAUAGACGUCUUCUUAUUAUUGUCAAGUCUCUUUUUUAUAAUGACUUUUUAAGCUGGAGUUAUGUUUGUGAUAUUUUAUUGGAGCCAAUUUUUUGGUUUGUAGAAAAUUUUACAUCUUCUCUUGGUCCAGUAUUUGUGACAAUAGUGAGUCUUUUAAAAGUGUUCAUAGUAUUUAUUGCUUAUUGGAUUGGUUUACCAUAUUGGUGGGAAAAAAGUCCAACGUCAACAAUUUUUCUUCUUAUCUUUGGAAAUUGGUUAUUAAUAAAUGUCACAUUUCAUUAUUAUAUGGGAGUAAAAGUGACUGCAGGCUAUCCACCUCAGGGUGGUUUAAUUCCAGAGGCUGUUAGUAUUUGUAAAAAAUGCAUUAAACCAAAACCACCAAGAACUCAUCAUUGUUCUGUUUGCAAUAAAUGUGUUCUCAAAAUGGAUCAUCACUGUCCUUGGUUAAAUAAUUGCGUGGGACAUUAUAAUCAUCGACAUUUUUUCCAAUACAUGGCAUUUACUGUGAUUGGUGUACUAUUUAUAAUGAUAUUUGGAUUAGAAAUAGCGUACGAAGAAUUUUUUCCAGAUGAUCCAGAAUUAGAUGGACAUCCAGUUCGAAUUAAUAAUUCAGUUAUAAUACCUGUGAUGGAAUCUAUGGAUCAUUUAACAAAAGAGGAACGAGAUAAAAUAGUUCAACAUGCAGUGGAUAGAGCUUUUGGUGAAUUUCGACGAAAAUUAAUUAUUUUUGCUGCAUUAAUUUGUGUCGCGACACUUGCUGCGCUUGGAGCUUUAACUUGGUGGCAUGCGGGUCUUAUUUCACAAGGUGAAACCAGUAUUGAAGCUCAUAUUAAUCGUUCCGAGCAAGAAAAAAAUAAAUCCCUUGGACGAAAAUAUCGAAAUCCUUAUGAUCUUGGAUCAAGAGAAAAUUGGAGGCAAUUUUUAGGAUUAAAUGGCAGAACAUGGUGGUACAUUCUUUUACCAUCAACUCACGGUCCCUAUGGAAAUGGACUCACAUGGAAGACUGCUCACAAUAUAAAAAUAUCCUAAAUCGGAUAAUUAUUAUUUAUUCUAAAAAAAAAUUGUAAAUAUUUAUAUAAUGUAUAAAAUCUUUUAAACACACUUGGCCUUUUAAAUAUAAAAACAAAAGAAAUUUUUCUAUUAA